AUGUCGUCGUCGGCGUCAGGGACGCUCCCACUGCAUAACUCUCAGUCAGAGUCCGAGUUGCCACAGACGCCGCUACCACGCAAGAAGAGGAUCUGGCGACGUGUACUCGGCAAAGAUAGGCGUCCAAUAGGCUUACUAGAAAGUCUGAAGGCUAUCGUGCUCUCUUCCUGGUUGAAUACGUUCCUGAUUUUCCUCCCGUUUGCGUGGGCGGCACACCUCCACAAGGAAUGGGAGGAGAACGACGCCCUUGUCUUCUCGUUGUGUUUCCUCACGAUCAUCCCUCUGGAGAAACUCUUUGACUGGGGCGGAGAGCAACUAGCUAUGUACUGUGGUGAAGACCUAGGAGAUCUCAUCAUCAUUACGCUUAACAACGCUGUCGAGGCCACACUCGCGAUCAUCCUGCUCUUGAAAUGCGAACUCAGGCUCCUCCAGAGCACCGUUGUCGGUGUUGUUCUACUACACCUGCUGCUCAUUCCUGGAAGCGGAUUCUUGACGGGUGGCGUGCGCAUCCUGCAACAGCAUCUGGAUGCGCAUAGCGUACAACUCAACCAUACGCUCCUGAUCAUAGGAGUCAUGUCCCUGGUUGUUCCGCUCGCAUUCUUCACGGCGAUGGGACGCGGCAUGACGUCCAACUUGCCGGGCUCAAUUGACGCACUCUCGGAUGAAGUACGGGGAAACUUCUUGCAGAUGGCCCGUGGCACCGCGAUCAUCUUGUUAGUCGUCUACGUGUGCAGUCGUAUCUACUUGCACAACCCUCCCGGCGAAGGAAAUGCCCUGAAGGUGGCGCCUGACGCUCCCAUCGAGCAGCGCAUCAAGGAGGAGGAGUUGGAAGAGGCAGUCCCGGAAGUCAACGUCUAUGCCUGCGUCAUCUUACUAGCAGUCUCGGUCACUUUGAUGGCUGUGACUGCCGAAUUCCUAGUGGAGUCUAUCGAGUUCGUUCGUGAGGACUCCGGCAUUCGGGAAGAGUGGUUUGGCCUCGUGCUCCUCCCGCUCAUCUCUUUCGCCGCCGAUGGUACCAUUUCUGUCGUGUACUUCGUGCGCUCUACCUUACAACACUGGCUGGGCAAGCCCGCGCCGCCCAAUACGCUCGCUGAAGACCGAGCGAUCGACCUGAGCAUCCAGUUCACGUUGUUCUGGCUACCAUUCCUUGUCCUCCUUGGUUGGUGGACAAAUAAGCCGUUCACCUUGCUGUUCGACAUGUUCGAGGUGACUGUUCUCAUUGCGGCAUGCUUCCUGGUCAACUACGUGACCCAAGACGCGCGUACGAAUUGGGCAGAGGGCGUGGCGAUGAUUGCCUUCUAUGCGAUCAUUGUCCUCGCCGCUUGGUUCUAUGAGGGUCAGCCUGAAAUUGCAUUCUUCAACGCCUGCAAGGAGACUAUAGCUCAGGCUAUCGAGGGUGGCGUACCCAUCGAAAGCUGA